AAUGACAAUAAAUAAAUAAAAUAAAGUCAAUUCCUUUAAGCUUUUUUACUAUAUAUUGAAACCAAACGCACGUUUUCACACCAGUUCUACCAGUCCUUCGUGUUCUUUUUUUCCUAAAAUAUUUGCGGCAACAUGUUAAGACAGUAGUACUACCACUAAGAGCAACUGUUGUGUUUUUAACUGAAGUUGUGUUGUUGUCUCCGUUUUACUCAGUGGUGGUUUUGGAUCUGGAAAUCUAGGGCACGGAAUGUGGAACCUGACGCGAUUUGCAUCGUCGAGGUUGAGCCGCACACGACGGUUGUUCUCGUCGGUGAUUCCUGGUCCUUGUAUUGUUCACAAGCGUGGAACAGAUAUUCUUCAUGAUCCUUGGUUUAAUAAGGAUACUGGCUUUCCCUUAACAGAAAGAGAUCGACUUGGGCUCCGUGGUCUCCUUCCGCCACGUGUGAUAUCAUUCGAACAGCAAUAUGAUCGUUUCAUGGAAUCAUAUCACUCCUUGGAAAAAAAUACUAAGGGCCAACCUGAUGGUGUUGUUGCAUUAGCCAAAUGGAGGAUCUUAAAUAGAUUGCAUGACAGGAAUGAAACACUAUACUACAGAGUCCUUAUGGACAACAUCAAAGAUUUUGCACCUAUAAUUUAUACGCCGACUGUGGGGCUAGUAUGUCAAAACUACUCUGGAUUGUUUAGACGCCCACGAGGUAUGUAUUUCAGUGCGAAGGACAAAGGAGAGAUGAUGUCUAUGAUAUAUAAUUGGCCAGCUCAACAUGUUGAUAUGAUAGUCCUGACUGAUGGCAGUCGAAUUCUUGGCCUUGGUGACCUUGGAGUUCAGGGUAUUGGAAUACCAAUUGGAAAACUUGAUAUGUAUGUUGCUGCUGCUGGUAUCAACCCACAACGUGUGCUCCCUGUUAUGCUUGAUGUUGGUACUAACAAUCAGAAGCUACUUGAAGACCGGCUUUAUUUAGGAUUAAGACAACCUAGGUUAGAAGGGGAAGAAUAUCUAGAAAUUGUUGAUGAGUUCAUGGAAGCAGUUUUCACUCGUUGGCCUAAGGCUAUUGUGCAGUUUGAAGAUUUUCAAAUGAAGUGGGCCUUUGAAACCUUGGACCGCUAUCGGAAAAAGUUUUGCAUGUUUAAUGAUGACAUACAGGGAACUGCUGGAGUUGCGCUUGCUGGAUUGUUAGGAACUGUAAGAGCACAAGGCCGAACAUUGGCUGACUUUCCAGACCAGAAAAUAGUUGUGGUGGGAGCUGGGAGUGCAGGGCUUGGUGUCCUUAGCAUGGCUGUGCAAGCUGUUGCAAGAAUGACAGGAAAAAAUGAAACUGCUGCACAAAACUUUUUCCUACUUGAUAAAGAUGGUCUCAUCACUAAAGAGAGGAAGAAUCUUGAUCCAGCGGCUGCUCCAUUUGCUAAGGAUCCAGGACAGAUAGUGGGACUUAGAGAGGGGGCUUCUCUACUUGAAGUGGUUAAAAAGGUCAAACCUGAUGUGCUUCUUGGUUUGUCUGGAGUUGGCGGUGUGUUCAGUGAAGAGGUGCUCAAGGCUUUGCGUGAAUCUGGUUCAACUAGACCUGCUAUUUUUGCAAUGUCAAAUCCCACCAUGAAUGCUGAAUGCACUGCAGCAGAUGCUUUUAAGCAUGCUGGAGAAAACAUAGUGUUCGCCAGUGGAAGCCCUUUCGAAAAUGUCAAUCUUGGUAAUGGAAAAGUGGGCUAUGUAAAUCAAGCAAAUAACAUGUACCUGUUCCCAGGGAUUGGUUUGGGAAGUUUGGUCUCAGGUGCUCGCUUUAUAACUGAUGGAAUGUUGCAAGCUGCUGCUGAAUGCCUUGCAUCUUAUAUGACUGAUGAAGAAAUUCAGAAGGGCAUCUUGUAUCCAUCUAUCGACAGUAUUCGGCAUAUUACAGCCGAGGUGGGAGCAUCUGUUCUGCGAGCUGCUGUUGCGGAAGAAGUGGCGGAAGGGCAUGGAGAUGUGGGUCCUAAAGAAUUGGCUCAUAUGUCGAAAGAGGAGACGGUGGAAUACGUAUUUCGAAAUAUGUGGUACCCCAUUUACAGUCCACUUGUUCAGGAAAAGUAGGCUUCCAUUUUAUUUUAUUUUAUUAUUUCUUUCACAAUUUGGGAAUGGAGGCCAUUUCUAUGUGGACCGAGGAGGUACGGCCCCCCAAACUAGAGCUGCGAAGCAAGCGUGUUAACUUCCUUCUUUUGUUUACUAUUAACUUUAUCUUCUUUUUUCUCAGAUAAAUAAAACUGAAUUAUUAAUCA